AUGCUUAAUGGCUAUUUCAAUCUCCGACCCGAGAAAGGAGUUGAAAUAGCCAAGGUGCUCAUUUCAAAUCUGACCAAAAGUAAUUCUAAAGCGGAUCAUAUAUACAAAACAGUUCAAAGCUAUCAGCAAAUUUGUUAUUUAAUUGCUCCUAUUCAUUUCCUUGUUUCUAACAAUAACUAUGGAGAUAGCAAAUCAUACAGCGAUAUAAUCACCAUUCUUUAUUAUUGGUAUUCGACUAUUUACCAUAAUUUCAAAGAACAAGAAAUUUUAAAUAUUAUUUCCGAAACAAUACAAAUAAUUCUCGAGAUGACAAACUUAACUGAGCCUAUAAUACGAGAUAAUGCACUCCACGUUCUUGAAAAGAUUAUUCGAGAACCGGUUUUCGAAUAUUCCGAAUCAACAUGGAAGAUCAUCAUAAACAAAUGCAUAGAUUUCUAUCCACUCAUUACAGAACAAAAAUCAUCUAAGCUAUUUCGGUUGAUUGUCUGCUCAAUUGAUAAGGCCAAUUUUGAAGCAAAAAUUAGAGUUGAAACAAUACAAAAACUCAAACCAAAAUUAACAGAAGAGGAUAUCAGUUUUAUUCAUAAUGCAGUUGAAGAGUUUAUCCACAAUUCUUCUGAAGAUUCUUCAUUCAUACGAAUUUUAUGGGACAUUUCUCCUCCGAAUAUAGUUAUUAAUGCAUUUCAUGAAGUUUUAAUAGAAUCCCAACAGUUUUCAUCUGUUUUUAUUCCAAAUUUAUCUUCAGAUUUAAUUUUAGAAACGUUUUCCAAUUACUUAUUCAUUAAUUCAGAGAUUUCUAAGUCAUACUGCCUUGCAUUUUCUCAAUUAUUUGGCAUUUACGGCACAAAAAACCAAGAAUGGUUAAAUUUAUUCGUAAAAUACAUAAAAUACCAAAUAUCUAAGCAGUCAUUUGACGUGAAUGCAUCAUUACUAAGCCUUAGAGGCGCAAUUACAGCUCAUCCAGAUCUUUUUUAUGAAAUUUCAAUUUAUCUUCUAAAUUUCUUUUCCAAAAACGAAUCAAAUGCAAACAUAUCAUCUGAUGUUUUAGAAUUCUGUGUCAUCGUUGACCAAUUAAUUGACAUUUCCGAUAAAAAUUACAAAUUUUAUUCAUUAAUGCUGAAAAACAUCAUUGAAUCAUAUUAUUUACAGCUCCCAAUACAAUCAAUAACUGUAGACAUUAUAUUUAUGUUCCUAAAACACCACGCUCGCAUUGAUUAUUCAAAGAUUUCAAAGAAAUUAGGAAAAACUAUGCUUCCUUCAUUACUUUUACUCAUUUCCACGCAUCCAGAGCUAAUGGAAUAUGGCGUAGUAGGCGAAAUACUCAAAGAAACCCUUACAAAACUCAAACAUUUUUCAUUCAAAAUUAUUAUCACAAUUUUUAGCACUUUUGUUCAUUUUCCACUUCCCAAGACCGUUAAAUAUCUCAUAUCCGACCUCCGAACCAACGGAUCCGUUCCCUGCGAUGACAAUUGUUCCGAAGUUUUCAGAAUCUUAGACACAUCAUCAGUAUCCGCUCCCAUUUACAUUCUCGAUGCGAACGACAUCCAAAACAUAACAAAAGAUGUCGUAGGAGAAAGGAUUUUCGUAUCGAGUCCGACCUCUCUUUUUUCAUUUUCAAAUUUGAAUGAAAAACGAUUAUUAAUUUUGAAUUACGGUACGUAUGGUCUGAUCGGAUUUAUUGCGAAAGGGUUCCCUGAUGACAUAUCAUUGAAGAAGAAAGCGUUUAACUUCCUAAACAGAGCCGGAAUUGACGUAAUUUCGAAUUCGAUCAAAAUCGUCAGCCAAAAGCAACAGGAACAGAUGAACGUGUUCGAAAAGGACUGGUACAAGCCAUUAGUAGCUGUUCCAAUACUAAAUCUCAACCCAAAUUCCGAUGAUUUGUUCGAAAACGAAAAAAUGACAGAAAAUUUUUCGAAUUUUGUCAAAAAUAUAGCGACAGAGUUCGGAAAUAUAUCAUUUAAGAUACAACACAUACAGUUAAACAGCUCCUCGAACGUUCCUAUCACUGCAUAUCCCAAUUUCAAAGUUGCUUAUAUUUCAAAAUUAUUCUUUGACAAAUAUGACUUCCUAGGUACUUUAAGCAUCGCCAAAUCACUUAUUAUAUUCGAUGACGGCGAUUACGACAUCAAUGUCGAUAAAAUUCCUAAGGAAGCAGAGAAUGUUUUGCAAAUUAAACCUUUGAAUGACAAAUUUUACGCGUUUAGAUUCAUUAGAUGUACUGAAUCAUUUAGUAGGGAAUUCUCCAUCGUUUCUAGAGAAAAUGCGAAAUAUUACAUUUUCUCUUUCAUUGCUCCUUAUGUUCUGAACAAUUCUUGGUCAGCAAUACACGAGGCACUGACAAAAAGAAAAGGUUACAUAGAGUAUUUCUCGAAGAAUAAUAAUUCUCUAAUUUCCGAGCUAGAAGGAUAUCAACUCAUACGUUAA